GACCAGAACAUACUAAGCUGUGUCUGACAUGAUGGAGGGCACCAGUGAAGACGCACCCGUGACCUUACAACUAGAAACCUGUCAAUAUAUCAGGCAAAAUGAAUCGCUCCAUGCUUUGGUUAAAGGCUCAAAGGUACAGCUGAUGUAUUCGGCUGAUGUAUUCAUUAUUCAACAUACAAAAGAACCUCCCUCUUCUGUUAUCCUGGGAAAACUGAUGAACAAUGCUACAGCUGAUGACAUCACCAACGUUUUGCAGAAAGUGUCUCUACCUAAUCCAAAAUGCAUGAAAGUUGUGUCAAAAUCAAAUGUGCAGCACAGCAUUCUUCAGACAGUAGUCAGGCAGCUGAUAACUGUGAUUGGUGUAGAAAAACUAGAGCUAAACAAUCCCCCACAAGACUUAUUGCUAGAAGAGGUGUCACAUUUGGAUGAAUUUAUUUUGGACCUAUCCAGUAAUGUCAAAUGUAUUUAUGAUUUGAGGUCCAUUGAAGACAUGGUGAAGGAACUUUUGAUAGCUAUGCCUACAUGUACAUGUAUGUUUUGGAGGCCUAUGAUGUUUGUGUCCUUUGGUUCUCUUUGUCAACACGUUUUUGAAUUGUUGGUAGUAUAUUUUCUUCUGGUAGAUGUAAAAAAGAUACUAUUAAAAACUGUAGAUUUACAAUUUCUCAAAAAACACAUUUUACAGAAGAUGCACUAUUCAAGACAUCGAGUAACUCAUUUUGGUCAAUCAAUGUUAGGCAAUGUUUCACUGGAAUAUAUCUGUUCACUACUUGAGAUGGAUGAAGGUCUCCCUGAUGCAAUCAUGUCAGAUUUUGUACAGAAAACAUUACAUAGCAUCAGGGAUGGGACACAUAGUCUGGAUUCCAUAACAAACUUUAGCAGUAACUUCACACAGUUGGUAUGCAUAAGAAACAAACAAGCACUCAAUGACUUGCCAGAUAAAGCCUGGAACCAUGUGACUAGAUUAUACUUAAAUGGUAAUGGUAAUGAUAAUAGCCUUGGUUACUUUCCUAGCUUCAUCUGUGGAUGCUGUAAAUUAAAAGUUGUCUGUUUGAAUUGCAAUGAUAUUGGCACAUUACCAAACAACAUAAGUGAUAUGGUUUCUAUGAGGCAACUAGCGCUGUCUCAUAAUGAUUUAAGGAUACUACCACAAAGCAUUGGGGACUGUUUAAGACUGACAAUAUUGCAGAUAGACCACAACAAACUGGAAAUGAUUCCAGAUUCUAUUGGGAACUUGAGCCAUCUGGAGAAAUUUAAUGCAUCAUCAAAUAAGUUGAAAGUCUUGCCACCUUCCGUCUGUAGAUGUACUGAACUCACCUAUAUAAACAUAGCAAACAAUAUGAUACACCAUCUCCCUCUAAACAUUGGGAAUCUUGUGAAGGUGGAGCACUUUGACCUGCAAGGAAACAAUAUAUCAUGCUUACCUGUAACUUUUGAUCGAAUUAAAGCUUUAAGAAAGUCAGCCUCAAAACUGCUUUUAGAAGGAAAUCCUCUGAUCCAUCCUCCAAUAGACGUGUGCUUACAAGGCAUGUAUAGAAUUCAUACUCAUCUGAAGGAGCUUAGAAGGUCUGAUGCACAAAAGAUGAACUAUCAAAGGCUAGUUUUGGUGGGAGAAACCAUGUCAGGAAAGACAAGCCUAGCACAGACUUUAAUGGCAAACAGUUCACAGCUCACAAGAGUUGAGCAGCGUACAGUUGUUUUGGAACAGCAGGCAUGGCCAGCGGAAGGAGGGAUAGAAAUACAGAUCAAUGACUUUGGAGGCCAUGAGAUGUACCAUCUGACAAGUCCUUGCUUCUUUACUCCCGAUGCAACUUACUUGCUUAUCUUUGAUAUCAACAACUACACACCUCAAGACCAUCAUAAACAUAUGGGGUCUUGGAUGGACGUUGUCCGAAUGAAGGUCCCAAGAGCCAACAUACGUAUGGUAGGAACUCACAAAGAUAAAUGUUCUCCUGAAGAAAUUAAAGUGAAGCUGCAGUAUAUUGCUAAAAGAGUUGGGGAGGAUGAGGUAAAAUGGAGAGCAGAUAUCACAUCCCAGCUUGAAAUGAUUGAACAUGAUAGCAAUGAAUGUUUGGCGGAGCGGGCAAGACAAAAGCAACGAAAAUGCCUUCAAAGCCAGCUGGAAAAUCUUCCCAUUCUGCAUGAGCCUGGCAGUCCAGUAGAAAUAAGAACAGUUAGCUCAUCUGAUUUUAGUGGCAUAGACAGUUUGAGUUCAUACAUCCGUGAGCUGUGCAAGCAUGUUGGGUCAAACGGGCGAUACAUUCCAAAAAUUUGGUUUGACCUUCAUGAGAUGCUUCAAAGUGAGAAAUAUGACAACCAACAUUGGAUAUCCUGGAAAGAUCUGCAACUACUCUUCAGUGAAUUACUAGUAGACAAUGAUCACUCAAAAAAGCUCUUCAAUCAAAUUGAACAUAUGGGGCACUUUGAAUAUGAUUCAGACAGUGGCUCCCUCAAUGGGGAUAGUGAUAGCAGUGAAGAAAUGACCACAACACUACAUGAAGAACCAAAGGUAACUGCUGAUGUACAUAGCUGUGUAAAAGUUAUGCCAUGCUGUGAUUAUGAGCAAGAAACAAAUGCUGCUGCUCAAACAGAUACGUCUAUCCAGGUAGAAAACAAAGGUAAUAAUGCAAAUGCCCCUCAACCUACAAUUUACUACUUGGAGACUGAGAAGUCCAGAGGUGAAUCAAUGGGCCUUUCUUCUGAGAUAAGUGAUCGGUUGUUUACAACCCUUCAAUACCUCAAAGCUGUGGGAUUGAUCACAUGGUACCCUGAUGAUGAAAAGCUUCAGAACCUUAUUUUCCAUCGUCCUGCCAAAUUGGUGGAUAUCUUCAAAGCAAUUGUCAACCAUGACAUCAAGAACCAACUGGACUUCAACGAUGUGGUGUUUUCCACAGUAGGACAGUUCUCCAAACAGAGUUUUGCCAUGGCUGUGCAGGAGUUUGAAAGCACUGCAAAUCUUUCUGUGGCAAUAGUCGAGUGUCUGUGGCACAAGCUUGGAUUCAGCAAGGAAGACACAAAGAGCCUCAUCAAGCUCAUGAUCAAGUUUGACAUAUGCUAUGAAGUUCUUGACUCAAAAGUAGCACCUGGUCUGCAACCUUCCCAUCGCCUGCACAUCCCCUGGUAUCUGUCUGCUGACCCUCCCAAAUACCUGUCCAAAAUGUGGCCUCAACCUCCUCCAGAUGACUACCAACAGCUGACCAUGCAGUACCACUUCCCAACCUUCUGUCCAAGAGGCCUGUUUGAAAGGGCAUCUGUCAGACUGCAUCAACACAUAGCUCAGCGUGUCAACUGGAAGAAUGGUGUGUGGGCAGUGGUGGACAGCAGGCAAAUCUUACUGACAAGAUCAACGACAGAUGAUGGAAGUGGAAGAGAAGAGGUUUUCACCUUGUCUGUACGUGCACCAGUCACCAAACAACAACCUGGACACACCAGGGACAUCACACUUCUGUGGACAACAUUCCUCUCCAUUCAUCGAGACAUGCGGAGUCUCAUCCAGGAAUGGCCAGGACUGAGGUGUGACACCUUCCUCCAGUGUGCACACUGUGUGAAGAUGGGGAAAGAUCUGCCAAGUCUCUUCCCGGGUGAAGUUCUGGAGCAACAAUGUGGGAAGGAUGUUUGGACUAUUCCAUGUCCCCAGUAUCCCAUGACAGUUCCAGUCCAACAAGUGAGAGCAGAGCUUGUCUACCCACCCAAUUCAUGUCUGAAAAAACAAAAUGUGGCAUGUCCUGAAGGCUUAGCAAGUGAAACGACCCCCAAUCUUGUGUCAGAAAUGGACAGGCUACAUCUAGGAAAUUCAAUAGAUACUCUGCAACUUCAACAAGCAACAGCCUUGGUCCAGAAGAAGUACCCAGGGAUAAGCUUCAUUCCAAGCAGGGACACAAGAGACGAGGCGCAACGAAGACAGAGGGUGAGAGAAUUCCACGACCAACUGUCCCGCAGAGUACAACACUUCUCCAGUGUCAUAGACUACAGCAUUGACUACGAAGACUUCCCCACAAUCACAGAGAGAAUGAAGUCUGUGGCCAAAGAAAACGAGUUGACUUCUGCCCCAUUGCUGUUGUUGACAACAACUUUGAGAUCCAUGUACGGGAUGUCAGAGGAAUUCCGGACAAUCCACAAGACUUUCCUCAACAAGUAG